GAUUUGCGCAAUUCACUUAUUCAGAAGAAGAUACUGGAAAUCCACCUUAUGUUAAUUCUAUUAAACAUUAUGAUGAUAGUGAGGACACGUUCAUUGUUCGCAUUAGUCGCAAAUUGAUUUCUAGUAGCGAUAGAGUAUGUUAUGAGCAGAAAUUACUGAUUCGUGUUGUUCAAGGAAACGGGAAUGUUAUUGAAAUAGAUCCUGCCACUUUUACGAAUAUACAAGAUGUAAAUUAUUGCUUGUUCAGUGAUGCAAAAAAAACAGAUCCUUUGAGAAUAUAUCCAUUAUUCGGCCAAUAUAUUCUAGUGACAUAUGUUAAUGCAAGUAAUACUUCCGAUAAUACCACCUUCAGAGACAUGGGAAUGGUUAUAGAUUGGACUGGGCAAAUUAAAAGCGAACUCGAUUUUGGGCCAUCUUACUUGACUCCGAAUACUACGCAUCGGAUUGUAAGUGAAAAGAUAGUAAAUAAUAUCAAUCCCCUAAAUGGAUUUUCACGUUUAUCAAUGGUUUCUGGAACAACGAAUUCUAAUUUGAGUCAAUUUGAACAUAUAGGAAAUGGAAACUUCAAUUUAUUAAAGAAUAAUACAAUAGAAGUAAAUACUAUUACUUAUUAUGAGCUUGAAGUGUUUUCAACUUUAAAUGGUGGAUAUGCAAUUGUGUUCGCUAACACAACUAAAUCGAAUACUACAAAUUCUGCGCAUGCAGGAAUAUAUGCCAUAUUUUUAAAUAAUCAAACCAAUACACCUUCAAAGGUUAUUUUAUAUGAAUCACCGAAUAGCAAUUUAAUAUUCAACCGUUUUUUAGUUUGUUCUGUCGAUUAUGUUUCAAUUGGCCAUUCAUGCAUAAUAUUUAUAGAAGAAACACAUAUUUUUACUAAUAUUACUACCAAUAGUACUACCAAUAGUACUAAUAUAAACACAACUACUCUUGUUUCUGCAAUUGCGACAACGAUACGCUUUCUUUCCUCCGGAGCCGUGAUAAAAUAUGAUCAAAUGUCAAUUCCAGAUCUAAAUAAUCUUAAAACAUUGUCUUAUGGUGGAUAUGUAUUAAUAUCAAGAAAUAGUCCUGGUCGUGGUUAUUUUUUCAACUAUACUCUUUAUGGUGAAGACGAUAGUGUAUUAAAUAGAUCUCAAAAAUUUUCUUCAAAUGUAUUUGGUGCAUUUGACGUAUUGAAAAAUAAUACAAUGCUGAUAGCUCUAAAUGAAACAUCUGAAACAUCUACAUCAUGGGAUUUGACUUCAAUUGAUUUACCUCGACUUUAUAAUGAUUUUGGUUAUGGCAAUUUACAAGUGAACUCAACAGACCCUCCACAAAAUACUGAUAUGCAAUUAAAUUCCGAAAAUAUUUCAAUCACGUUUAAAAAGUCCAUUUCCCUAUCGGAUGGUAACAUAAAUAUUUUCCAAACAACCGGUCCUGGAAAAGACAUUCUUCGGCAAAGGAUUAAUUCAAAAAUUUGUAGUGUUAAUUAUAAAUGUUUUGUUGAUAACUCCACCGUUAAACUCAGUAUGCUUCAAUGUACCUUUAAUGAUCCAGGUGGUAAAUAUUAUAUACAAAUUGAUAACAAUUUUGUAGAGGAUGCAGAAUACAAAGAACCGUUGCUAGGAAUUAGCCCAAAUAAGUGGAUUUUUAAUUUAGCUAACGAUACAUCAAAUAAAAAGCAUGCCG